GACCAGAAUCAACAAUCAACGGCCACAACGGAGUCUCCAGCAUCCAUCAGUGAUUUUAGCGGUAAAAAUGCGAAAACUUGGGGCAGACGAAAUGAGCGAAGAAUCGAUUCUACAAAUCCCAGAAAAACGAAUUGCAGAAAGCAGAGAACUGAAAUUUCGAGAGAGAGAGAGAGAGAGAGAGAGAGAGAGAGAGAAAAUGGUGCUCUGGGAGAUAACUCUAGGAACCGCCUAUUUCUUGGGGCUGAAGCGGACCUAUCGCCUGGCUCUUAAGCUUCAACGUCGCCUCGUCAGCCCCAAGCAUCCCAAGAUCCGUCGCUUUCUUCACGGACGUGUCCGCACUGUAUUUGAUGUAGCAUUAAAGGUUCACCAGAACGUACAGCAGAGAGAUUUAGAAGUUGGUCGGAAUCUUGGUAACUGGAUUCUCCGAUGGCUCGAUAGAUUUAAACCAUCAGCCCAAAUUCGUAAACCGGUUGCUGUAAAGAGUUCAAAUAGCAGUGGAUCGAACACAAACAUGACAAAGCAAAUUCCCAGCUCCUCCGUCUUGAAAAAUCCAGAGAGCUCCCAGAUCCUGAAGAAUCCAAAAUCCUCUAGACAGUUAUUUACCUCAUCAACAAACAUGUGGGCCAAGUCAUUUCCCACAAUUUCCAUGAUGAUGAAGUCUCCAAAGCCAGCCGGGACUAUGUUCCAGCACAGACAUUUCGGCAUCUCGAUGCUCGAAGCGCCGAGACCGAAAUACGUAAGAGGCUGGCAUGAUGGGGUGAUUAGAGAGGAUAUAAGGCAAUGGAUGCUGCAAAACUAGGAGCUAAACAAAUUUAUUGUUCUAUUUCUUUUUGUGGAGGCUAGAAGGCAAGGCUUCUCAUGUACAUUCUGCAAGAUUGUAGGACACCAUGACCUAAAAGCUGAAGAAGCUACACAAAAUUGAAUGCGCUUGGAUUUGCUGUUGUGAUUCUUGGCGCUUUGAAGAUUUGUCUGAUAACUCUGUUUUCUUUGGUCUCUGUGUACUGCCUUCAGCCUAAUCAGCAAGAUUUAUAGGCAGGUUUCUCCCCCUAUUAUGGGCUCUUCAAGUUAUAUCUUUUAUCAUCAUUUCAAAGAAAAGUGAACAAGUAUUUAGGGUUUAAAUUUUCUUUA